AUGGGCAGACCAGUAAUGGGGUGGCAGAUGAAUCACCCAACAUGCUGGUGUACAGAAAGAUGUCAUCAAGCAACACUCCACAGAUUCCCAGAAAGGCAGCAUGAUUGGAGGCUCCAGGUACCACAGACAGAAGGGAUAAAAUACAAGAUGGAAGACGUCAUAGCACGCAUGCAAGAUGAAAAAAAUGGAAUUCCUAUUCGUACUGUCAAAAGCUUUCUUUCCAAGAUACCUAGUGUCUUCUCUGGGUCAGAUAUUGUUCAAUGGCUAAUAAAGAACUUAACCAUAGAAGAUCCAGUGGAGGCACUCCAUUUGGGAACCCUAAUGGCUGCCCAUGGCUACUUCUUUCCAAUCUCCGAUCAUGUCCUCACACUCAAGGAUGAUGGCACCUUUUACCGGUUCCAGACACCCUAUUUUUGGCCAUCAAAUUGUUGGGAGCCAGAAAACACAGACUAUGCGGUUUACCUCUGCAAAAGAACAAUGCAAAACAAAGCAAGGCUGGAGCUAGCUGACUAUGAAGCUGAGAGCUUGGCCAGAUUGCAGAGAGCAUUUGCCAGGAAGUGGGAGUUCAUUUUUAUGCAAGCAGAAGCACAAGCAAAAGUGGACAAGAAGAGAGACAAGAUUGAAAGAAAGAUCCUUGAUAGUCAAGAGAGAGCAUUCUGGGAUGUACACAGACCCGUGCCUGGAUGUGUAAAUACCACUGAAGUAGACAUUAAGAAGUCAUCCAGAAUGAGAAAUCCACACAAAACACGAAAGUCUGUCUAUGGUCUUCAAAAUGAUAUUAGAAGUCACAGUCCUACCCACACACCCACACCGGAAACUAAACCUCCAACAGAAGAUGAGUUACAACAACAGAUAAAAUAUUGGCAAAUACAGUUAGACAGACAUCGGUUAAAAAUGUCAAAAGUUGCUGAUAGUCUGCUAAGUUACACGGAACAGUAUGUAGAAUAUGACCCAUUUCUUGUACCACCUGACCCUUCUAACCCAUGGUUGUCUGAUGAUACUACCUUCUGGGAACUUGAAGCAAGCAAAGAACCAAGCCAGCAGAGGGUAAAACGGUGGGGUUUUGGCAUGGAUGAAGCAUUGAAAGACCCAGUUGGGAGAGAACAGUUCCUUAAAUUUCUAGAAUCAGAAUUCAGCUCAGAAAACUUAAGAUUCUGGCUAGCAGUGGAGGACCUGAAGAAAAGGCCUAUUAGAGAAGUCCCCUCUCGAGUUCAGGAAAUAUGGCAAGAAUUUCUGGCUCCAGGAGCCCCCAGUGCUAUUAACUUGGAUUCUAAGAGCUAUGACAAAACCACACAGAAUGUGAAGGAGCCCGGGCGAUACACAUUCGAAGAUGCUCAGGAGCACAUUUACAAACUGAUGAAAAGUGAUUCAUACCCACGUUUUAUAAGAUCCAGUGCCUAUCAGGAGCUUCUACAGGCAAAGAAAAAGAUGUUCAUGCUUUACAAAGUUUUGUAGACACCGUUUUCAUGUUUCAUGUUAGUCUUCUGUAUGCCAGUUUAAGGAAAUAAAAAUUUACAGUUAAGAAAGGAAAAGAACAAUGUCAUCAGAUCAAAAACUUAAAGAAGAUUUUCUUUAUCCAGUAAGCUAGAAUGUAUGUUUUAGGCCAUAUGCCCCAUAACCCUUUUUUUUCAAUGAUAGUUGCCAAAAGGCAGUAAUGUUUGCCUCCAUGUUUUUUUAUUUGGCAUUUAUCCUGAGUCACUUAGUAUCCCUACAAUGAGGUUUCAUACCUAAGAUGAUAGCUGAGCACAUUUUCAAAGAGCUGCAAUAGGCUACAUUGUUCGAAUAAUAUUUAUAAUCAAAGUCUCACUGUCAAUAACACCUUAUGUAAUCAGUAUAACAGGGAAUGGAAAAAUCUGGAUGUAAACGUCAACAUCAUUCAUUAUAUUGUAAUAUUAAAAUAGUCCACACCUUCUUGAAAUUCUGAGGUGAAAUUAUAAUUUUGUGUAAUUCAUGAUCAUUAUUUAAGGUAAUGGUAUUUUUCAAAAUCCAUUGACUUUGCAGCCAGAAGUAGAUACUCUGUGGUUGCACUGUCCAGUACAGCCACCACUAGCCACGUGGAGCUGUUUAAAUUUAAAUUUAAAUUAGUUAAGAUUACAUAAAAUUCUGACUAAAUUUCUAGUACUCAAUGGCCACAUUUGAUAGUACAGAAUGAAAUUUCCAUGCUUUCAGAAAGUUCUGUUGGACAGCAGUGCUCAACAGAAUUAAUGAUAUUAUCAACAGAAAUUUAGUAUCAAUAGAAAAUUAUGAGAAAAUUCUGAAGAUAAGCCACUAGAUUUUCAAACAUUUACGUUUUGAAAAUGUUGGCAAUAAAGCCAUAACAUAUCUACUUCAUUUUCGUAUGAUCUGAUUUUGCUUGAAACCACACCAUUUUGUUUGCACAAGAAGAGUUUUGGUGUUAAAAGCAAAAGCAGUAAUGCAAAUAGAGCCCAUGUCCUGUGACAAGCUCUCCUGUUUCCCUGAUCCCUGUGAUUUAGAACAUGAAUUUGGUGUUGCAUCAUUUCAUCAUCCUGUCUUUUUGUGCUGUUUUUCUCUCUGACUUUUUCCUUCUUUCUUUUUUCUUUCUUUCUUUCUCUUUCUUUCUUUCUUUCCCUUUUUCUUUCUUUUUCUUUUUCUUUCUUUCUUUCUCUCUCUCUCUCUCUCUCUUUCUUUCUUUCUUUCUUUCUUUCUUUCUUUUUUCCUUCCUUCCUUCCUUCCUUCUCUCUCUCUGUUCCUU